AUGAGUCACUUAAAACUUCCAAAGUUCUUCGACGGAAUUGCGGAAGACCGUCAGAGCACCUCCGCCCCUACCGGUCGGCCAACGGGACCGCCAUCGUUUAAAAGAGCCGACGUAGAGCCAACGAACAACAUCUACGAUCCACGUCUUUCCGUUAUGUCUUCACAACUCAUCGGAGUUCUCCUGUCCGUACUGGCUAUCUCUCAGGCCCAGGUUGCCAUCAACGGACCAUUUGCCGGUCGGUACUAUGCCGCUGCAAAGCCUGUGCUGACACCAGGAUACGCUCAAGUUGCAGCACCAGUGCUCGAACCUGUACCAAUGGUUGCAGCCGCCCCAGUAAUGGCUCCUCCAGCUCCAGUGUUCGCUGCUCCGGCUCCACCACCUCCAGCUCCUGUGCUUGCCGCCCCCCCUCGUGUUGCUGCUCCAGUCUAUGCUGCUCCUCCAGUCAUGGCCGCCCCAGUGGCCAGACCUGUGAUGGCUGCUGCUCCAGCAGUAAUGGCAGCUCCACCAAUGAUGGCAGCUCCAGUAGUCAGACCUGCUUUCGCUGCUCCUGCCGUUAUGGCCGCGCCAGCUCCAGCUCCAGUCCUCGCUGCUCCGGCUAUGGCCCCGGCACCGGUUCUCGCAGCACAAGCACCAGUUUUGGCAGCCGCUCCAUUCGCCUACGCACCAGCCUACGCACCAUUCCUUAGCAGGCCUUACUUCAUCGGAAGUAACAAAUCGAAGAACUAA